UCGAGUUAUAGACAACCGAGAUUCUCCUAAAUUCCAAGUCACCAAGUGGUUUUGUAUCUCCAACUGAUUUUCUAAAAGAUGAGAACCCUAGCUGGAACUCUCGCUGCCCUACUGCUGAUAGUAAAUUCAUCAGCAGCAAUACAUAUUCUAAGAUUGCUCGCCGAUUACGGUCUCACCAACACUUACGGAAUUAAAACCGAACAAUUACCAAGAUUCACGGAUUAUGAUUUCGUUAUCGUUGGCGCCGGUCCUGGUGGUUCAACACUAGCCAAUCGUCUAUCAGAGAAUCAAAACUGGAGAAUUCUACUCCUAGAAGCCGGUAAACAGGAGGGAAUUUUGAAUCAAAUACCGAUGUUGUCAUUCAUAAAUUCCGAGUACGAUUGGCGAUACAAUUCUGAACCUCAGAAAAAGGCAUGUCUAGGGCUAUCAGAUCGACGAUGUCCCAUACCCAAAGGAAAAUCAUUAGGUGGUACCACUACCAUAAAUGGCAUGGUUUACUCGAGAGGACAUAAAUUGGAUUUUGAUAUUUGGGCAGCACAGGGUAAUUAUGGUUGGUCAUAUGACGAAGUUCUACCCUAUUUCAAGAAGAGCGAACGUGCGAAUCUCAACGAACCGGUGGAUGAAUCCUACCACGGUAAAGAUGGAAAUGUUCAUGUGCAAAAUGCUCCAUGGCGCACCCCUCUCACAGGAGCCUUUUUAGAAGCAGGAAGACAACUAGGAUACAACAUUAUCGAUUACAAUGGACAACGACAGGUUGGAUUUUCGGACAGUCAAUUGACAAUGUUGAAUGGUACACGCUGUAGCGCAUCAAAAGCUUAUCUACGAAUAAGUCGGCCAAAUCUGGAUAUUGUGACGGAGGCAACAGUAUCGAGAAUAUUAAUUAACGACAAUAAUCAUGCAUACGGUGUGGAGUUUAUAAAAAAUAAUCAAUCAUAUAGAAUUAAUGCUAGCAAAGAGGUCAUAUUGUCAGCCGGCACAAUCAACACACCAAAAAUACUAAUGCUCUCUGGAAUUGGACCUAAAGAACACCUGGAGGAAUUGGGAAUCAAAGUUCGAAAGGAUUCUAAAGUUGGAUAUAAUGUUUGUGAUCAUGUAGCUUUUGCUGGUCUCACAUUCUUAGUGAACCAAAGUGUUGGCUUAACUGCUGAUAAUAUACACACACAAAGAGCUGUACUCCAAUAUGCUAUUAAUGGAACUGGGCCAUAUUCUACAACAGGUCCUGCGGGAGUAGCAUUCGUUCGCACAAAAUAUGCAAUUGAUGCUCGACCAGAUCUUGAAUUAAUUUUUCGUCCAGGAACUUUCAACAGUGACAACGAGGGAGCUUUUGCGAAAGCACGACGUCUCACGCAGGAAGUUUAUGACAGAAUUUGGAAACCUAUCGUAGGUCAGCAUACCUGGACAAUUUGGCCAGGUGUACAACUUGCUCACAGUAAAGGACGUAUCAAAUUGAGAUCAAAAAAUGUCGAAGAUCGGCCAAUAAUUGAUCCUAAUCUCUUAGAUGAUCCGCUCGAUGUGGAAAUUCUGGUUGAAGGAGUUAAACUCGCCAUAGAAUUAUCAAAAUCCGAGGCUUUUCAGAAAUAUGGCAGUCAACUCCAUGAUGUCAAAAUACCUGGAUGUGAGUCAUUAGAAUUUGCCUCUGAUGAUUACUGGCGUUGCGCCAUUCGACAUCUCACCACUACUUUUAAUCAUGAAAUGGGGACAGCAAAAAUGGGCCCAACAAGAGACUCUUCAGCUGUAGUUGAUCCUGAGUUACGAGUUCAUGGAGUUGGAAGAUUGAGGGUAAUCGAUGCUUCAAUCAUGCCAGAAAUACCAGUGGGCCAUUUGUCGGCUACAACUUACAUGAUCGCCGAGAAAGGUGCUGAUAUGAUUAAAAAAUCAUGGACACGUUAACAACCCCUCAAACACAACCCAUAGUUGUCCAGUUUGAUUCUACUUGAAAAUACCUAGAUAUAUAAUAACUCCAAAUGUUGGAAUUUAAGUUUCAGUCACGCGCAAUCUCCGGUAAAUCAAUAAUAUUCGUCAUUGCGAUUUGUUUAUUUUUCUAAAAUCGCAGACAUAAACCCAAAUAAAAAGUUGUAAAUGAGAUGUGAUAAUAAAACUGCACAAAUCACCUGUGUAA